AUGACGACGGGAGAUCAACAACAAAGCGGCUCCACGAGCCAGGGAGACAAUCCCACAUUACGACAAAUGGCGGAAAAAAUCAAGAAAAUGCAAGCAGACAUGGAUGCUCAGAGAGAAGCUUGGAGGUCAGAAAGAGAAACACUUCAGUCCCAUGCACUGGCUCUAGAGAAGGAACUCACAACGGCAAGGUCGAAAGCUAAUCCGACGUCAAAGGGGACGCUGAAAAGUGUGACUCGACGUUUGAACAUGGACGACGGGGAGGAAGAGGAAUACGACGAGGAGAUUGAGGCGGAGAAUCCAGAACGAGAGAAUCCAGACGCCAACGUCGAACGAGAAUAUGAAAACGGUUCCAGAGGUCAUAACAACGAAAAUAAGAAGAAGAAGAAAAAGGGGCACCGGUCCUCCAAAUCACACAAUCACACCACAGAAGCAAUGAAGAAGGAGCUACAGGACCUGAAGGAGAUGGUGCAGCGCAUUCCCGGACUUCCGAAGCCAUUGGAAAAGGCGACGCCGACAAGCUACGCUGACUCACCUUUUGUGGACAACAUUGCCUUAGUGGAGACGCCAAAACGUUUCAACGUUCCUCCUAUGAAGGCUUAUGACGGGUCGACUGAUCCCUUGGAACACGUAGCUCAAUACAAGCAGCGGAUGUUUACGGUUCCGAUAAUGAAGGACCUAAGAGAGGCAUGCAUGUGCAAAGGUUUUGGAUCAACAUUGGCCGGACCGGCUCUACAGUGGUUUGUGAAUCUACCCAACGGCUCCAUAGAAACGUUCGCCGACCUAGUUGACGCUUUCAAUUUGCAAUUCGCCAGCAGCAGGGUGUUCGAGAAAACAACGAGCGACCUCUACAAGAUUGUGCAGAGGUAUCGGGAACCACUCAGGGAUUACCUCACGCGAUUUAACAGGGAAAAAGUGACCAUAACAAACUGUGAUGUGCCCACAGCGAUCGAAGCAUUUAGAAGAGGGCUAGAAAGAGACUCGCCACUUUAUGACGAGCUAACUAAGUACCCAUGCAGGAGUAUGGAUGACGUACAGGCGAAAGCAAUGGCUCAAGUAAGAUUGGAAGAGGACAGGAGGGAAGAAGAUGACAAGUACUACCGUCCGAACAAAAGGUCACAACGUCGAGGGUCCGAGACACCAGACCUUAUGUCAGGCCGACGCACGAUGACGCAAGGGAAGGAGUUAGAAGUUUUAGUCAAGAAGGGAUACUUGUCUGAGUUCAUGACAAAGAAUAAGUCGACACAUGUGAGAAAGGACAGGACGCCACCAAGGCAGUCGCCUCCGCCGCCACACCAGAAGGUGAUUAACUUUAUAGCAGGGGGAUCAGAGGUGUCGGGCACAACAUAUUCUCAGGCAAAACGUGUAGCAAGGGAAACUAGUGUGAGAGUAUCAAAUGCAGAUGUUUUGGACUUCAGCAUUCCGACGCUGACUUUUAACGAGUCUGACAGGGAACAUGUCUCAGAACCUCAACAUGACAGCCUCGUAAUCUCUUUACCGGUGGGAAAUUGUUUCAUAAAACGCAUCCUGGUUGACAAUGGGAGUGCGGCGAACAUCAUGAUGCUGAGUACGCUGCAACAAACGGGAUUGGCUGAAACCGACAUGAUCAAGAAAACGACAACACUGGUCGGCUUUAGUGGAGAAAGGAAAAGGACUGUUGGAGAAAUCACCUUGCCGACGUACGCUCAGGGAUUGAAUUUGUUGACGAAAUACGCGAUCAUUGACGGAGACCCUACAUACAACAUCAUUAUGGGGAGACCAUGGAUUCACGACUUGAAAGCAGUACCAUCUACAUACCAUCAGGUCCUAAAAUUCCCGACGCCAUGGGGAGUACAUCAGAUCGUAGGUGACUAA